CUGCGGCCCCGGCUUUCCCUCCUGCCUCCUCCUCCCUCCCCUCCCCGGCCUCUUCCCGCCGCCUCGCCCGGCCCGCCCGCCUUUCCAGUCGGGCCCGGUGGGGGCCGCAUGCUCGGCGGCUCAGGUCGUGGGACCGUGGUCACACCCUUUCCAGAAAUUCUCGGUUGGUAACCGCGAAGACGACGGGGAGAACUGGAGAAAACCGCUCUAAUGUGACUUAACUGGCUGGGAGCUGACGCUGCAUCCUAAUAACCAACAUUUGCAAAGCGUUCUCAGAGGCUCACGGGUGACUCGUCUCAGAUUCCUCCAGAACUGAGGCCUUUGUUGGACCCAGGCUCCAGCCUGUGCCCCCAUGACCAAGUGGACAGUACUCUUUGUGCCUGUGACCCAGAACCCUGGCUGACCACACUGAAGGAGGAUGCUCCAGCAGGUUAAUGGCCACAGUUCAGUCUCUGAUGCCCAAGGCGGGGAAUCCUUCAGAGAAGACCUGCAGGAGUUCCUGAGUGGGGAGGCCCCACUGCACCAGCUAGAUGACCUCACCAAGGUGAAUCCUGUGACUCUGGAGACAGUCCUGAGGUGUCUGCAGGCUCGGUACAUGGCAGACACGUUCUACACCAAUGCUGGCUGCACCCUGGUGGCUCUGAACCCCUUGAAGCCUGUCCCUCAGCUCUACUCGCCAGAGCUGAUGAGAGAGUACCACGCGGCUCCUCAGCCCCAGAAACUGAAGCCCCACAUCUUCACUGUGGGCGAGCAGACCUACAGGAAUGUCAAGAGCCUGAUUGAGCCAGUCAACCAGUCUAUCAUUGUCAGUGGAGAGAGUGGUGCUGGAAAGACAUGGACAUCCCGCUGCCUAAUGAAGUUCUACGCUGUGGUGGCUGCCUCACCUACAUCCUGGGACAGCCACAAGAUUGCAGAGAGGAUCGAGCAACGAAUCUUGAACUCCAAUCCUGUCAUGGAAGCCUUUGGGAAUGCCUGCACGCUGAGGAAUAACAACAGCAGUCGCUUUGGGAAGUUCAUCCAGCUCCAGCUGAACAGUGCCCAGCAGAUGACCGGAGCUGCAGUCCAAACCUACCUCCUAGAGAAAACUCGAGUGGCCUGCCAGGCCUCCAGUGAGAGGAACUUCCACAUCUUCUACCAGAUGUGCAAAGGAGCCAGUGCGGAUGAGAGGCUCCAGUGGCACCUCCCCAAGGGAGCUGCCUUCUCCUGGCUCCCCAACUCAGAGAGGACCUUAGAAGAGGAUUGUUUCGAGGUGACCAGAGAGGCCAUGCUCCAUUUGGGCAUCGAGACUCCCACCCAGAACAACGUCUUUAAGGUCCUAGCUGGACUGCUGCACCUCGGCAACAUCCGGUUUGCUGACUCUGAGGACGAAGCCCAACCCUGCCAGCUGAUGGACGAUGCCAAGUGCUCUGUCAGGACAUCGGCCUUGCUGCUGCUGCUCCCAGAAGACCCACUGCUGGAGACACUGCGGAUUAGAACCAUCAGGGCAGGCAGGCAGCAGCAGGUGUUCCGGAAGCCCUGCUCCCGAGCCGAGUGUGACACCCGCAGAGACUGUCUGGCCAAACUGGUCUAUUCACGGCUGUUUGACUGGCUGGUAUCAGUGAUCAACAGCAGCAUCUGCGCAGACCCGAGCUCCUGGAGCACUUUCAUAGGCCUGCUGGAUGUGUACGGAUUUGAGUCAUUUCCCCACAAUAGUCUGGAACAGUUGUGCAUCAACUACGCCAACGAGAAACUGCAGCAGCACUUUGUGGCUCACUACCUAAGGGCUCAGCAGGAGGAAUACACAGUUGAGGGCCUGGAGUGGUCAUUUGUCAACUACCAGGACAACCAGACCUGUUUGGAUCUCAUCGAGGGAAGCCCCCUCAGCAUCUGCUCCCUCAUAAAUGAGGAAUGCCGCCUUAAUCGGCCAAGCAGUGCAGCCCAGCUCCAGACACGCAUUGAGAGUGCCCUAGCAGGCAGGCCCUGCCUGGGCCACAACAAGCUCAGCCGGGAGCCCAGCUUCAUCGUGGUGCAUUACGCAGGGCCUGUGCGCUACCACACCGCAGGCCUGGUGGAGAAAAACAAGGACCCCAUCCCCCCUGAGCUGACCAGGCUCCUGCAGCAAUCCCAGGACCCUGUGCUCAAGGUGCUGUUUCCUACUGACCCUGAAGAGAAGUCCCAGGAGGAACAGGGACAGAGCAGGGCCCCUGUGUUGACCGUGGUGUCCAAGUUCAAGGCCUCCCUGGAGCAGCUUCUGCAGGUCCUGCAUAGGACCACACCCCACUACAUCCGCUGCAUCAAGCCCAACGGCCAGGGCCAGGCGCAGACCUUCCUCCGGGAGGAGGUCCUGAGCCAGCUGGAGGCCUGUGGCCUCGUGGAGACCAUUCACAUCAGUGCCGCUGGCUUCCCCAUCCGAGUGUCUCACCAGAACUUCGUGGAACGAUAUGAAUUGCUGAGAAGGCUCCGUCCUCGCACAUCCCCUGGUCCCUGCAGCCUGUCUCUUGAUGAAGGGCGCUCAGAAUGGUCUCCACACACUGAGGAGGCCACGCUGCAACCUCUCCUCCAGGACAUCCUCCACACUCUGCCAGCUCUAACUCAGGCAGCAGCCAUACCUGGUGACCCAGCGGAGGCUAUGCCAGCCCCAGUGUACUGUGGCAGAACCAAGGUGUUCAUGACUGACUCCAUGCUAGAGCUUCUGGAACGUGGGCGUGCACAGGUGCUGGAGCAGUGUGCCCGCUGCAUCCAGGGUGGCUGGAGGCGACACCGGCACCGCAAGCAGGAGAGGCAGAGGCGGGCUGCUGUGCUCAUCCAGGCAGCCGUUCGUUCCUGGUUAACUCGGAAACACAUCCAGAGGCUGCACACAGCUGCCAUGGUCAUCCAGCGUGCAUGGCAGAGGUGGAGAAUCAGAAUGGCCUGCCUUGCUUCUAAAGAACUGGAUGGUGUGGAAGAAAAACACUUGUCUCAAGCUCCCCAUUCCCCAAGCUCCUUCCCGCUGCCCCAGGCACAGACCAGGCUCCUGGGGGCAAUAAUCCGCCUCUGGCCCCUUGGACUGGUCCUGGCCAACGCAGCGGUGGGCGUACGCGGCUUUCAGAGGAAACUAGUGGUCUGGGCCUGCCUCCAGCUGCCCGUGGGCAGCCCCAGUACCUACACCAUCCAGACAGCACAACAAGAACAAGCUGGCGUCAUGUCCAUCCGAGCACUGCCUCAGGGCUCGAUAAGGUUUCACUGCAGAAAGUCUCCACUGCGCUAUGCUGACAUCUGCCCUGAACCUUCGCCCUACAGUGUUACUGGCUUUAAUCAGAUUCUGCUGGAAAGACACAGGCUGAGCCACCCGUGAUCUCUUCCCAUCUUCUGUCCUCACCUGGCUGGGUGAUCCUUGGUGCCUUUGUUUCUCAAGGCCUUUUCCUGCCAGCUGCCUUGCCAAAGACAUUUAAUCAACACACAGCUGCCAAACGACUGCCACAGCACACGUGACUGUGCCUGCCAGCCAGGGCUGUGGCAGUGACUGUACCAGUGGGCCUGGGGCUCCAAUCUACACCUCAGGCCGUGUCGGGGCUGGUAGUUACCAAACAGGAUUAAGAAAUAUCAGGGCCACAGAGAACUUCACCACAUUUUACUACCUUCACAGAUCCAACUCAGUGGUGGUGUCCAUCACUAUACUCCCCUGCCUCCCGCCCCCCACCCCCUAUUCCCCACAAACAGAACAGGCAAAGUCAGCCAGAAAUCAGCUCUGAAAUUUUGGCUGGGAGAAAUUUUGCAUUUAGUUCCUUAAAAAGGAACAAAACCUUACUACUAAAUAUGUUGCUGGUUUAUUUAACAUAAUUUCAAGCAAUUAGAUUAUAAACCAAGGAUGACAAGCGAUGCAAUGUACCAUAAAACUACAUCUUGAUUUUAUUUAAUAACACUGAGCAAGUUUUAACUCAAAUGGGUUUGAAACUUGAAAAAUGAUAUCAUUUAUGAUGUCUAUCUUAACUGUACCAAAAAUAAAACAUUUAAAAACAAC